AUGUACCAACGACACUCGCAGACCCAGACCCAGGCGCUGAACCUCCACAGAAAUGCCACCACAACUGGUGCACCAGAAGCACCACGAGGGUAUCAACACCGUCAACAACAGCAGCCCAUGGAGCAACCUUCAAUAGCCUCUGCACCACUACCACUACUCCAAGAACAACGAAGACACAGCUACCAGCAACAGCAGACACCCACAUCAACACCAACACCACAACCACACCCACCACCACCGCAAAAGGCAGAACACUAUCCACCUCAACAGGCAGAGCACGACCCUUCUCAAACGACCCAACAGCAUUACCCAGCGCAACCAUACCAACACCAGCAGCGGCAGCAGCAACAGGAGCAGGAGCCAGCUAGCCCUCCAGUGGCUCGCGAGUUCACUAUUGUUGCCCUGGGGAAAAGUGGAGAAGGAAAGAGCACACUGCUGAAUUCGAUCCUCGGCCGAGAAAUCUUCCUGGCAAAGGCUUCGGUCAGUGAGGUGACCCAGCAUGUGGACAAGGCAACCAACCACUUCCUCAACAUCCCUUCCAACCCAGUCAUGCACUGUAUUGACACUCCUUCCUUCAAUGGCAAGCUGCAUGAUCCCCACCGUGUCAACGAGCUUGGUGCUCUUCUUACUAAGGUUGCCGCCGGUGUUGAUGCCUUCCUCUUCACCGUCAAGUGUACACGCUAUCGGAUCUGCGGCAAUGGAUUUGCGGACUUCGAUUCAACGUUCUAUCAAACCCUGUUGACCUACCAAAGCCUCCUCACCCCGGCCUUCUGGUCAAAGCUCAUCCUCGUUUUCACCCACGCAACCCCGGAACUCCUCCCCUCCACCAACCCCGAAUCCCGACUCCCGCUCAUGGCCUGGGCUCGCGAAAUUCAAGAAAAGUUUAAGCUCCCCGCGGCCCCCAAAGUCAUUUUCGCAAUGGAUUUCGCCCGGUUCCCAUACCCUUCAGGAGGAGCACAGGAUUUCUGGGAGAAAUUGAUGGAAUUGGAUGCGAAUACGGAACCCUAUUGUCAUCGGCCGUUCUUGGAGAGUUUUGGGAAUGGGAUUGCGGUGGAGGGGUACGUGCAAAGGAUUAAAGGGCAUCUGGCGGUGUUUGAGCCGAGGUUCUUUGAGAACCAGGCUGAGGGGCAGUAUCAGGAGCAUAAGCAGGCGUUAUUGAAGAAGCGGGGGACGGAGGGAGGUCGUGUAGGGGGAGAGAGAGGAGGUGGAAUUAGUAGUGGAUGGAGGUUUGGUUUGUUCCGAAAGUCUACUCAGGCCACCGCUCGUCCCGGCAUGAUUUGA